AUGUCUAUCUCUAUUGAUCCUGUUAGUCACCAACCAGCGCCAAAUGAUUACCCGGAUACCAUACGCACAGUCAAUAAUACUAUUGAGACCACUACAGCAACCAACAAUUAUACACUUAAUGACAAUGAAUGUCAGUCUUUAACUACUGAUUCUGAUAAAUAUUUUUCGAUGCAAUAG